AUGCAAUCAUCAAAUUUAUCAGCAUUGAUCAAUAAUUGUCAAGUACUAUCAUCCACGAGGAAAAAUGCUAGAUUUUAUAGUGUAAAGCAAACUCUUGGAGGAAAUGAAGCCUCCACUCUUAGACAACAAGUUGCUUCUACAACAUCGUCAUCAUCUUAUGCUCAACAACAUCAAGCACCACCAGUGAUUGAGCAAGUUGUUGCCGAAGAAUCAACAACAACAACAACAUCCGAACCAAUUAUUGAAGAAAAACCACUCUUCUCCAAGAAGGAAAUUAUGAUUCUUGAAAGCGAAAAAACAGCACUUGGACACUUGUUGAAAAUUAUCGAAAACGUUGAAGGAAGUGAAGAGGAUAUUGAUCUUUUAAGAAAAAGUAUUAAUCAAUUGGAGGAACAUUUCUUGAUGGUUAUUGUUGGUGAAUUUAAUGCAGGUAAAUCAUCAUUCAUUAAUGCCAUGCUCGGAGAUCGUUAUUUGAGAGAAGGUAUUACUCCAACAACAGCUCAUCUUCAUGUUAUUCGUCAUGGAGGUGAUUCUAAUCAAAAGUUUGACGAGAGAAAUCAACUUGUAAAUAUGGAACUUCCACUCAAGUGGCUUAAAGGUAUUAGUGUUGUUGAUACACCAGGUACUAAUGCCAUUAUCAAGGAACAUCAAACAAUUACAGAAACUUUUGUACCAAGAGCUGAUUUAAUCAUCUUUUUGACCAGUGCAGAAAGACCAUUCUCUGAGAGUGAACACACCUUCCUUGAAAUGAUUAGAAAGUGGGGUAAGAAGGUUGUUGUCUGUAUUAACAAGUAUGAUUUACUUCAAAAUGAAAAGGAACAGGACGAAGUGGAAGUAUUUGUUCGUGAUGGUAUUAUUCGUUUAUUGGGCUUUGAACCUAAAAUCUUUUGUGUCAGUGCUAGGAGUGCAAUGGAUUUCAAACAAUCAUCAAGAAUUUCUUCAUUCUUGGCUCCUGAAGAAAGAGAACUUGCCGAAAAACAAAAAAAGACCAAGUUGGCUGAAAAUUGGCUUGAUUUGGAAAAGUAUGUUUUGGACACUCUGAAUUCUAUUGAACGUGCCAAGUUGAAAUUCCUUUCUCCACUUGGUGUUGCUCAAAAUUUAUCUGAAAAGUACUUGACAACCAAUAUUGAAGAAAGAUUAAAGGUAUUGAAAGAAGAUAAGAAAACUAUGGAAAUUAUUGAAGAACAACUUCAAGUAUUUUAUAAUGAUAUGAAACAAGAUUUUGAAUUGCAACAAGCCAAAUUGGAAAAUAUUUUCCAUGAACUUUCUGAACGUGGUACAGGCUUUUACGAUAACUUUGUCAAUUUGUCUAAUAUUUCAAGUUUGAUCAAGUCCAAGAUUGUUGCUGAAGAAUUCCAAACUCAAGUUAUUGCCAAUACUGCCACUCAAAUUGAAAAUCAUGUCUCUGAAGUUAUUGAUUGGAUAAUUGACAGAAAAUACAGACAAUGGAAAGCUGUGACAGAUUUUGCCAAUAAGAGAGCUAGAAUUUCACUCCAUGAAGAUAAAUUAGUUGGAACUCUUUCAAGUGAUUUCCAAUUUAACAGAAAGGAACUUUUACUCAAAAUUGGUACCACAGCUGAAAAUGCUGUUAGAAGCUAUGAUAAGGAACAUAAUGAUACUGAAAAGCUCUUCUCUGAAAUUGCCUCUGGUCUCAAGGCUACAGCUGCUGUAGAAGUCAGCGCUAUUACAAUUGGUGUUUCUUCUGCACUCUUGAUGCCAACUGCUGCUAUGGCAGGUGCUGGUGUUGUUGGUGCCUUAAUGGUUGGUGCUGGUGGUCUCUACGCACUCCCAUACAAGAGAGCUACAAUGAGAAAGAACUUUAUUCGUGAAGUUAACAAGCUUAAGGAAGUUUUAAAGCAAAGAAUGAGGGAAGAAUUUGAACGAGAAUUAUUGUCAAGUAUUGAUAGUAUUAAGAAUUCAAUUACUCCUUACUCUAGAUUUGUUAAAGCUGAACAUGAAAAAUUCUCAACUCAAAAGGAAAGACUCAUCGAACUUCAAAAGGUUAUUAAUCAAAUCAGAAAGGAAAUUGAAAGCUUACAAGAGGCUGAUAUUACUAAAAAGAUGUAA